AUGAAAUCCCAACAAACAUCUAACGAAGGCAAUGAAUCUCCUCCUUUAAGUUCCCCUCUAAGUCCUCCUUUAAGUUCCCCUCCAAGUGAAGAUGUUAAUAUGGAAGUAGGUGGUUCAAGUAGAAGUAGUUGUGAUGAACCAUUGGAUGAUGAGUGGGUGUAUGAUGUUGAACUUCUUCCUCAUGACCCGGGAUUGAGGAAAAACAUAAUGGAUUAUCCCCCUAAUGAAAGAAAUCCGAGGGAUGUUGAAAUUAACAAGGGGGGUGAUGCAUUUGUUGUUGGAGGGUUUAGAGCGUGGAAUAAACCUGAGAGGCUUGAGAAGCAUGUUGGAGGAAUUAAAAGUGCUCAUAAUAUUGCUUAUGAGAAAUAUGUGAAUCUAAGAGAUUCAAAGAAGACAUCAAUUGAAUUUGUAUUUGAUAAUGCGAGUGAGGUUCAAAUGAAUGAAUAUCAUAUUCGUUUGAAUGCAUCCUUAACUUGUUUGAGAUUUCUUUUGGGCCAAGGUUUGGCAUUCCGUGGACAUGAUGAAAGUGAGGAGUCAUAUAGUAGAGGUAACUUUAUUGAGCUUUUGAAGUGGUUGGGUGGGAAGGUUGAGGAAAUAAGAAAAUAUACUUUUCAAAAUGCACCCAAAAAUUGUCAAUUAACAUCUCCCAAAAUUCAAAAAGACAUUAUCACUUGUUGUGCAAAAGAGACUACUAAGCGCAUAAUAGAAGAGGUUGGUGAUGGUUACUUUUCUAUUUUGGCCGAUGAAUCAAGUGAUGUGUCUCAAAAAGAACAACUAGCUCUUGUUUUGCGGUUUGUUAAUAGAGAAAAUGGAUCGGUAGUGGAACGCUUUUUAGGCAUUCUACAUGUGGGUGAUACUACCGCUUUGUCUCUUAAAAAUGCCAUUAUGUCAUUGCUUAUGGAACAUUCAUUGAGUCCUUCCAUGAUAAGAGGUCAAGGGUAUGAUGGGGCAAGUAACAUGAGGGGUGAAAUCAAUGGCCUCAAGACUUUGAUUAUGAAUGAUAAUCCAAGAGCCUAUUACAUUCAUUGUUUUGCUCAUCAACUUCAACUAACUCUAGUUGCGGUUGCUAAAAAGAAUGUUAAUUGUACUUGGCUUUUUGACGUACUUGCAAACUUGUUAAAUGUGGUGGGAGCUUCUUGUAAGAGAAGAGACCUUAUUCGAAAACACCAAGCUCAAGUAGUGGCUCAAGCUUUGGAAGUGGGGGAAAUUGAAAGUGGAUCGGGUUUGAAUCAAGAACGUGGUUUGAGUAGGCCGGGAGAUACACGUUGGGGAUCUCAUUACAAGUGUCUAAUAAGUAUCAUCAACUUGUUUCCUUCAAUUGUUAAAGUGCUUGAGGAGAUUGGAGAAAAUGGCUCUCCGGAUGAUAAGCUCAAAGCUCAAAUGAGGGAUCAAGGAUGGGAUAGUCUCUUAGACAAAGUCAUUUUAUUUUGUACUAAACACGAGAUUGAUGUUCCAUCUAUGGAUGCUCAAUAUGUACCUCAAGGAAGAUCAAGACGUUUUGCUAAACAAGCAACAAAUCUUCAUCAUUUUCGGGUUGCAAUCUUUUUGGAAGUAAUUGAUUUGCAUCUUCAAGAGAUUGAUAACCGUUUUAAUGAGAAGAACAUGGAGUUACUUACAUGCAUGGCUUCCCUGAGUCCUAGAGGUAACUUUUCAUCUUUUGAUAAAGAGAGGAUACUUAAACUUGCUUCUUUAUAUCCCGAAGAGUUUUCAUGUUUUGAUUUAACGGCUCUUGAUCUUCAACUUGAUGUCUUCUUGGAUUCUAUGCAAAAUGAUGAAAGAUUUCAUGAUUUGCAAGAUAUCAAUUCUCUUUCCAUGAUGCUUGAAACUCUUUAA